CAUCACCAUUUAUAUGAUGCCCCCAACCGCAGGUCUCCGCCUCGAGCCCUUCGCUAUCCUCUCUUUCUUAGAAGCCGAUCUGAUCUCUGCAUUCUCGCCGAUAAAAUGAGAGAAAUCCUCCACGUCCAGGGUGGUCAGUGCGGUAACCAGAUCGGUUCCAAGUUCUGGGAAGUGGUCUGCGAUGAGCACGGUAUCGAUCCCACCGGGCAGUAUACUGGGACGUCAGACCUCCAACUGGAGCGCGUCAAUGUGUACUAUAACGAGGCCUCUUGUGGGAGGUACGUCCCCAGGGCAGUGCUCAUGGAUCUGGAGCCCGGCACCAUGGAUAGCGUUCGAACGGGGCCCUAUGGCCAGAUCUUCCGCCCUGAUAACUUUGUCUUUGGUCAGUCUGGUGCUGGAAACAAUUGGGCUAAAGGUCACUACACUGAGGGAGCUGAGCUCAUCGACUCAGUUCUUGAUGUGGUCAGGAAGGAGGCAGAGAACUGUGACUGUCUUCAGGGCUUUCAAGUGUGUCACUCUCUUGGUGGAGGAACUGGCUCUGGAAUGGGAACACUUCUGAUAUCAAAGAUCAGGGAGGAGUACCCGGAUCGGAUGUUGCUCACCUUCUCUGUUUUCCCUUCCCCCAAAGUUUCUGACACGGUUGUCGAACCAUACAAUGCAACCCUGUCUGUCCACCAAUUAGUUGAGAAUGCAGAUGAAUGCAUGGUGCUGGACAAUGAGGCCCUUUAUGAUAUCUGCUUCCGAACUCUCAAGCUAACCACACCCAGCUUUGGGGAUCUGAACCAUUUGAUAUCUGCAACCAUGAGUGGUGUCACAUGCUGCCUCCGUUUCCCUGGUCAACUGAAUUCUGACCUCCGAAAAUUGGCUGUGAAUCUGAUCCCCUUCCCUCGCCUCCAUUUCUUUAUGGUUGGUUUUGCGCCGUUGACCUCAAGAGGAUCACAGCAGUAUCGUGCGCUGACCGUCCCUGAGUUAACCCAGCAGAUGUGGGAUGCUAAGAACAUGAUGUGUGCUGCUGAUCCUCGCCAUGGUCGCUACCUCACGGCCUCUGCUAUGUUCAGAGGCAAGAUGAGCACUAAAGAAGUUGAUGAGCAGAUGAUCAAUGUCCAAAACAAGAACUCAUCUUACUUUGUUGAAUGGAUUCCUAAUAAUGUGAAGUCCAGUGUUUGUGACAUACCACCCAGGGGUCUCUCUAUGGCAUCCACCUUCAUUGGGAAUUCGACGUCAAUCCAAGAGAUGUUCAGGAGGGUGAGCGAGCAGUUUACUGCAAUGUUUAGGAGAAAGGCUUUCUUGCACUGGUACACCGGCGAGGGCAUGGACGAGAUGGAAUUCACUGAGGCUGAGAGCAACAUGAAUGAUCUUGUUUCAGAGUACCAGCAGUAUCAAGAUGCCACUGCUGAUGAAGAAGAAUAUUAUGAGGACGAGGAAGAGGAGGUGCCACAGGAGAUGUGAGUAGUCUGAAGUAGUGGCUGUGGUUAUUUUACAGUAUUUCUCUUGGUAUUCUGCUAAGGUGGAAGUAGUUUAUUCCCUUGCCUCUAGGACUCUGUUAUUUAAAUAUCUGUAGUAUCAGUAUAAACUGAAGCGGCUCUAUGAUGACGUAUUGCUCAAUUUGCUUAUGCAGUGGUUCUGUAAGGGCUGUUGGAUUUACUACUUAGGAAUGUCUGUACUUUCAUGUUUAUGUUAAUGGCAUGAUUAUGAAUGCCCGGGCAUUAAUCUAUGGGUGGUGAUCGUUCAAAA